UUAGCAACGGCGCGGUGGGGCGGGGCAGCGGCGCCGCGCGGGGGCUUGUGGGAGGUGUGGCGGAAGCGGGGCGGCCGCCAUGUCGCUGCGGGCCGUGUACCUGCUGCGCUCGGCGGCGCCCGGGGCCCGCGGCGGGGCCUACGUCGGCUUCAGCCUGGAUCCGGCGCGGCGCCUGCGGCAGCACAACGCGGGGCGGCGGCACGGCGGGGCCAGGAGGACGAGCGGCCGCGGGCCCUGGGAGAUGGAGCUCUACGUGCACGGCUUCCCGUCCGACGUGGCUGCGCUGCGGUUCGAGUGGGCGUGGCAGCACCCCUCGGCCUCCCGCCGCCUCCCGGAAGUGUCGCCGCGCCGCCGCCGCGAGCAGCCAAUCGCCUUCGCCCUGCGGCUGCUGCCCCGCCUCCUGCGCGCCCCGCCCUGGAGCCGCCUCCCCCUGCGCCUCCGCUGGCUCCGCCCCCCGCCACACCCCGCCCCCGGCCCCGCCCCACCCCCCCACGUCGUCGUCGAGGUGGACCCGCGUGGGCUGAGGCCACGCCCCCCGAGGAGGAAGGCCACGCCCCCUCUCGCCUUGACUCCACCUCCUCCCUGCAACCUCUGCGGGCUGCCCUGCGAGGGCCCUGACUCCGCCCCCCUGCGCUGCCCGCGGCCCGGCUGCCCGGCGGUGUCGCACGCCCUGUGCCUGGCGCCGCGCUUCCUGCGCUCGGAGCCCCGCGAGCUGCUGCCCCUGCGCGGGGCCUGCCCCGGGUGAGUCGCCGUUGUCAUGGCGAUGGGG